UUAACAAGUUCCCAAAGGAGACCAUUUUUACAAAUGACAAAUAGUAAGGACUUUUUGAACAUGCCGUUAAAUAACGCAAGUUGUGGCUAUGGUUUAAGUAAUACAGCCAUGCAGAAGUUGGGGGUGAAUUGGCGCAACACAUUUUACCAUUUAUUGUCCGAAAAGUUAACUUAACAAUAAUUUUUGUAACAAAUAAAUGUUACUAUAUAAAAUCGUCGAUGAAAAAAAACGUUGGGCAAAAUGAAGGAAAAACGUGAAACAUAUUUUAAAAGGUUUGUUUUUAUAGAUUGCACCAUUGAGACUAAAGAACAGGUAACAUAUUCCGAUAAUUUUUUUCCGACACAUGUGACACAUCCCAGCGACUCAGAAAGCAACAUAUGUUAGAGGUAAGCAAAUGCGCUAUAACAACUUUAGUAUAAAUCUCCUUAACUAGGGUAUAUUUAACUUAUUUUGGCAAAAUAUUACUUACACAGAAACAUCAUAUUUUAAACGCUCAUACAAACAAAAAUUGCAUUUUUCUUAAACAACAACAAACAACUGAUUAAAAAUAAAAAGUGUUGUAAAAUUGGCAAAAGGCUACAGUAAAUCAUUACAUUUGAGCGCGAUCACUUUGUAACUUAGUCGUUAUAAAUAUCUUUUAUUUCAGAUCUAAAACCAAAUAUAACAAAACAGAAACCCAGGGUUGUACCGCUGUAUAGAAAGGCAGACUGGGAUUCUUUCAAAACCCGCAUGCAAGGAGUGAGUGGCAGGGUACUUGAAAAAUGUGAAAGUACCUCGGUAAUAGUUGCAAUAAUUCAACUCUAAGCUUUAUAGCCCAAUGGGCCGCCAUAGCAAAAAUUAUCAAAGGUUCUGGGAGUCCGUUUAUAUGGACUAACCUCGGUAGAAGAACUUUGGUCAUUUUUUUCAGAUAAGAUAUCAACUGGUGUUAAACAAUUUAUUCCGUCAAAAACUGUGGGUACAAGAAGAUCAUUACCAUGGAUUACCUAACCGAUAAAACGACUAAUGAGAAAAAGAGAUACACUAUAUUCAGACUAAACAACAAUUGAGUUCAUAAGACCAGGAAAAUGUUCCUACAUAUUAAAAACCUCAUCAAACGAAAUACCAAAAUCGAUUAUAAUAAAUAUGUCAAGUCCAUUUUAGGCAUCGAAGACCCUGACGUUCAAGAGAACAGAUCCAACUUUAAUCCGAAGAAACCGUAUAGUCUCUUAAAAAAACUCCAAACAAGACGCUCAAGGUAUUUCUACUCUUUUUGACAAUGUUUCAGGAAAAUCAACUUCUGUGAAUCAAGAAAAGGCAAAUGUUUUGAACCAACAGUUCCAACCCGUUUUCACACCUAUGUCCCCCCUUACCCUUUCUCAAUCAUGUUUAUUUUUUUUCAUAAAUCUUUCAGAAAAUUUCCAACAAUGCCAAAGAUCACAGUCAGUGUCAAUGGGGUGCAGAAGUUGCUAUCCAAUCUUAAACCAGACAAGGCAGCAGGUCCCGACAACAUCAAACCUCUUGUUCUAAAAAGAAUUAAGUUCACAAAUUCCUCCAAUAAUAACACUCCUUUUUCAGAAAUCCUUGGACUCCGGAAUUCUCCCGAAAGUAUGGACAUCUGCAAAUAUAAUACCGCUGUGCAAGAAAGGGAACAAAGAAGACCCAGCAAAUUACAGACCUAUCUCUCUCAUCUGUAUUUUAUGUAAAUCCUUACAACAUAUAGUUUCCUCUAAUCUUUCAGCUCAUUUCAGUGAAUAUAACAUACUAAAUAUGACUUACAGCAUGGUUUCAGAAAAAAGCGUUCCUGCGAAACACAACGUCUACAACUCAUUGAUGACCUUGGCAUUAAAUAUGACAUCUGGACAACAAACUGAUCUAAUAUUGAUCGAUUUCAGCAAAGCGUUUGACAAAGUGAGCCAUCUUAAACUGCUUUUCAAAUUACAUGGCCAUGGUGUGGAUAAACUACUCUCUCAUGGAUCAAAUCAUUCCUUAUAGGUCGUACUCAACGUGUUGUAGAUGGAAAAUUAUCAUCCGAGGUACCAGUGACAUCCCGGGUACCACAAGGGUCUGUGCUUGGAACAUACAGACACAAGAAAUUCCAACAUUCGCCAGCACGCAUACAAGACCAUAGUCAGACCACAGGUUGAAUAUGCGUCUUCAGUAUGGAGUCCUCACACAUCACAAAAUAUACAAAAAAUGAACAUGUACAGCGUCGAGCAGUCCGCUGGGUCAAGCAUAACUAUUCCCCAUGCGACAGUGUCACUUUCAUGCAACAGGAACUUGGUUGGCAGACCCUACAGGUCGAUUCUUAAUAUUCGAAGUAUCAUUCAAGUGAAAAGACUCGAUCAUUUAUUGCCAAUUCAACAGCCGCAGAACGUAUGAUCGAUGGCGGGCGUAUACCGGAAACCCGUUCUGGCGCAACAGUCUGACCUCCCAGCUCCUCCCGCCUUAUACAGUCGCGGACCCGCCUCGCCUCGAGAAAGGUCUGGGAACUGGAUAUCGGGGACACACAUCUGGAUCAAGGCAAGCCUCCCGGAAGAGAGUCCCUGUCUCCUUACAGGUGUCUGCAUCUUAGGAGACAGUCUGAUCGUCUGCGAUAAUGAGAACAAGACGCUGAAGCGCUUCCACAUCGAUGGGAGGUUCUUGGAGGAAGUCUUUUUAACGGAUCCAUGUGGUAUUUGUAAAUUACCGAAUUCUAAUGACGUUGCAAUAACUGAACCAGAAAUAAAUCAAAUAACUGUAUGUUGCCUUGACGCAGCUAUUGUUGUGACGUUUUCCCUUUCCACAAAAAAGAAAUACCAAAGCAUCGCCGCUCUUGACGAUAAAUAUGUGGUAGGGUGUUGUGAUGUGGCAUCACCGUGUAUAGAUUUCAUUGACUCCAACGGAACCAUUCUCUAUUCAUUAAAAAGUAAAAACGAAACAUUAACAUUAUUCAAAAAUCCCGCCUCAGUAACGUGUUUGUCGUCUGACAACAUUCUGAUCAGCGAUCCCGGAAGUUGCGCAGUUAUCUGCGCAACACCUCUUGGUGACCAACGCUUUAAACUUGAGACGCAGGGUCGACCUAGUGGCAUAUGUGUCGACGAAAGUGGGUCCAUCUACAUGGCGCAUUAUGAUUCCAACAUUGUGUACAGACUCACUAAUGAAGGCAAAAUUGAAACCGUUGCUGUAGAUCAAAGGUAUCACUUACGAAGUCCAUUGGCAGCUUGUGUAUCCAACGGGAUUUUAGCUAUCACCGAGGAAACACCAAGCGACAGAAUCCUUUUAAUCAAGUUAACAGACGUUCUGGAAAAGCAGAGCACAUGCGUGAGCCUCUCCGGACUGCAAUUUCAAUAACACGCCGACAGUCAAACAAGCACAACACGUGGACAACAUAACGUCGCGUUGUCAUGGUUUCAGUUGAUUACACAUAAUGCUGCAUACGCUGUAGAAUAUUUCUUGCGAUGUUUUACAUUUGCCUUAUUAUAAUUAUUAGCACGAUUCUCAUCGACCGUGAAGAUCAGAUUAAAUGGAAAUUAGAUUAACAAUUAUUUGCAGGAAAAAGAUUUUAUAACAAUUUGCUUGGUAAGCUAUUAUGUAAUUGGUUGUCCCAAUGUUACUGAUUGUGUCUAGGAAUUGCAAGACAACGCAACUUUAUAAUAUGACAAAGUAUAACGGGAGUCAGUGUCACGUGUAGUACACGAUGAUUAUAUACUAAGGAACAUUUUCUUAAUUUACAUAAAAGUUAGUUGUAUUAAAAUAUUCAAACAUACAUUUCAAAUUUACCGGGCUUUUAUUAUCAUUUUAGAUGGUUUAUGAUAUCAUACAUGACAAAUUGUACUGUAUUUACUCCGUGUAUAAACAUAUAUAUAAACAGCACACAAAAUAUGUUAUACAUAUAGUAUUGCAAUGUAAACAUGUAGACAUUUAAACAAAUCGCUUUUCUUGUUAAAUAAACAACUAUUUUCUGUU